CCGUGUGAUCAGGAAGUGACGGAGGUGAGAGGUUAAAGCGGCAGAGAGCGGCUGUGUUCUCAGACUGCAGUGAUGGAGGUAACACGGAGAACUUUUAAAGACACCCUGAGUGUAAUCUGCAGCGCGGUGGAGGAGGCCGACUUCCUCGCCAUCGAUGGAGAGUUUUCCGGUCUGAGCGAUGGGCCAGCGGUCAGCAUGCUGACCAAUGGAAUGGACACACCUGAGGAGCGUUACAGCAAACUCAGGAAGCACUCGAUGGACUUCCUGCUCUUUCAGUUUGGCAUCUGCACCUUCAGAUACGACCAAUCGCAGUCCAAGUACUUCACAAAAGCUUUUAACUUUUACAUUUUCCCCAAACCGUUCAGCAGAGCAUCACCUGAUAUUAAAUUCAUCUGCCAGAGCUCCAGUAUAGAGUUCCUGGCCAGUCAGGGGUUUGACUUCAACAAGGUGUUCCGUGAUGGGAUUCCGUACCUGAACCAGGAGGAGGAGUCUCAGCUGAGGGAGCAGUAUGAGGAGAGGAGGAACCAAAGUAAUGGGGUGGGGACUCCAUCCUACAUCUCCCCCACUUCCUGUAAGGGUCCCAUGAACAUCCCUGAGGAGCACAAGGACUUCAUCAACAGGGUCGUGGAGAAAGUGGAAGCGCUUCUGAACAACUCUGAGAAGACGGUGGACUUGGAGCCGUGCUCUGGGUUUCAGAGGAAGCUCAUCUAUCAGACCCUGAACUGGAAGUUUCCCAAAGGACUUCAUAUAGAAACUAUUGAGAAUGACAAAAAAGAACGUUUCAUCCAGAUCAGUAAGGUGGAUGAAGAGGAGAGGAGGAGGAUCGAGCAGCAGAAACACGAGCGGGAGCAGGAGGAACUGAACGAUGCGGUCGGCUUCUCCAGAGUCAUACAUGCCAUUUCUAAAUCUGGUAAACUGGUGGUUGGACACAACAUGCUGCUGGAUGUCAUGCACACCAUCCACCAGUUCUACUGCCCCCUGCCAGAGGAGUUGGACGAUUUCAAAGAGGUCACAAUGUGUGUGUUUCCCCGGCUUUUGGACACGAAGCUGAUGGCAUCAACACAGCCUUUUAAGGAGCUGGUCACCAACACGUCUCUGGCAGAAUUGGAGAAACAGCUAAAGGAAAAGCCUUUCAAAGCACCUAAAGUUGAAUGUUCAGAGGGAUUUCAGAGUUAUGACACUGCAUCUGAGCAACUGCAUGAAGCUGGCUAUGAUGCUUAUAUCACCGGACUCUGCUUCAUCUCCAUGGCCAACUAUCUGGGUUCAUUCCUCACCCCUCCGAGAGCUCACAUCUCCUCUCGCUCCAAACUCAUUGAGCCUUUUUACAACAAGUUGUUCCUCAUGCGAGUGGCUGAUAUUCCUUACAUGAACAUUAGUGGACCAGACUUACAGCCGAAGAGGGACAAUGUUCUGUAUGUCACUUUCCCUAAAGAGUGGAAGACCAGUGACUUGUACCAGCUGUUCAGCGCCUUUGGAAACAUCCAGGUGUCUUGGGUGGACGAUACGUCGGCGUUUGUGUCCCUCAGCCAGCUGGACCAGGUGCAGAUCGCGAUGAACACGAGUCAGUACGCAGAGAGUUACCGCAUCCAGACGUACGCCGAGUACAUGCAGGCCAAACAGAAGAAUGCGCAUACACACAGGAAGUGGGGGGAUGAUGGGUGGGCGGAGCCUCCCUACCGCACUGUUGCCAUGACUGCAGCUUCUGCAGUACAUGACAGGUGUACUCUGAGAGGGAAAAGGAGCAUCAGCCCCACUCAGGACAAUCAGAACUCCAACUUCAGCACUGCUGAGAGUACCUGGAGUAACUACAGCACCACGAAGAGGAUAAAAAAAGAUGGUGCUGUGAGCACCGACCCCUCAAACUCCAAGACUACGGACGACUGGCUCAGGACCACGAAUGAAAGUGGUGCUUCUGAAAGCCCAGGAAAUGAAGCUCCGUCAGAUGACACGUGGCCUCAGUCCUCGGCCAAUCAGAAUCAGGGGUCUCAGGCCAGAUCCUCUGGGCUGUUUGAUGUCCCUCAAGUUUGGUAGCAACAAGCACUCUGAGGUCUUCAUCUGGAAGUAGCCUCUACUCGAGAGAACACAGCUCAUGAACAGCCAAUCAGAAGAGACUUUUUAUAUUUAUAUAGUCUCUUUAGGUUGGCUGUUUAGGAAGGACCACUUGCUCAACAGCCAAUCAGCAGAGAGACCACUCUCGUACCAGAGCCAAUCAGAAGCCUCCAUCUGAGAAUGCAGCUACGCAACAGCCAAUCAGCAGAGAGGCUGCUGGAUCACGCAGUCACAUGACCCUGAAGCCAUAAACAUUCUUGUGGUAUUUCUCACACUACAGUGUAAAUGGUGGGUGUGAGAGCUGUGGAUGAUCCAGGAACUGGUGUAGAAAUUUAAAAAUGUGAUCAGAUAUUUUUAAACACUGUAUGCUUGCUUUUUGUUUGUUUUGUGUGAUAUCAUUUUUAAGUGUGUGUCGUAUAGAUUAAUUAACCCCGCCCCCUUACCCCUCCACAAUGACCUUUUUAGCGAGCAUGCCCCAUAGAGCAGCUCUAUUUAUUCCCUCUGAGACUGCAUGUUGUCGUGUGUGUGUGUGUGUGUGUGUCUCACAGCAGCCGCAGGAAUGGG